UCCCCCAGCCCCAAUCCUCCCCACCUAGCCCCCCAGUGCCCCAGCCCCCCCAAUUCCCUGGCCCCCCCGAUCCUCCCCCCAGACCCCCCAAUUCCCCAGCCCCUGCCAUGGAGGCGCAGUGCGAUUACUUCAUGUACUUCCCGGCCGUGCCCUUCCCGGCCCGGGAGCUGCUGCGGGGGGAGCCGGGCCGGUACCGGGCCCUGCCCCGGCGCAACCACCUCUACCUGGGCGAGACCGUCCGCUUCCUGCUGGUGCUGCGGGGCCGGCCUGGGCCGGGGGGUGCCCGCACCCCCUGGGGGGAACUGGGCUCCUCCCUGGCCGCCCUGGCCAGCGUCAGCCCCGGGGGGGUUGACCCAGGGGGUGAGGGGGAUGGGGAACCCCCUGAGGAGCCGGGCGGGGACGGGGAUGCACCCCCUCCGCCUCCCGGCUCCUUCCGGGACUGCCGGCCCCUGCUGACCCACGGCCAGGGACCCCUGGGGCGACCAGCCGCCGGGAUACCUGUAGAGGAGCCGAUUGUCUCCACGGACGAGGUUAUUUUCCCACUGACGAUUUCCCUGGACAACCUGCCCCCCGGGACCGUCAAGGCCAAGAUCGUGGUGACGGUGUGGAAGCGGGAGCAGGAAGCGCCGGAGGUACGGGAACGGGGGUACCUGAGCCUGCUGCAGAACCGGGCGCCGGCCCAGCUCUUCCGCGAGGAGCAGGGGGCCUUCAAAGCCCAAGUGAGCACCAUGCUGACCGUGCUGCCCCCUCCAGGGCUGAAAUGCCGCCAGCUGAACGUCUCCGGGAAAUACCUCACCGUGCUCAAGGUGCUGAACGGCUGCUCCCAGGAGGAAAUCUCCCUGUGGGAUGUCCGCAUCCUGCCCAACUUCAAUGCUAGCUACCUGCCCAUGCUGCCCGAUGGCUCCGUGCUGCUGGUCGACGACGUCUGCCAUCACUCGGGCGAGGUGCCCGUCGGCGCCUUCUGCCGCGUGGCCGGUGCCGGCUCUGGCUGCCCCUGCGCCCUGAGCGCCCUAGAGGAGCAGAACUUCCUCUUCCAGCUGCAGGCCCCCGAGCGGCCCCAGGAGGACACCAAGGAGGGUCUGGAGGUCCCCCUGGUGGCUGUGGUUCAGUGGUCGACACCCAAACUCCCCUUCACCAGCAGCAUCUACACCCACUACAGGCUGCCCAGCAUCCGGCUGGACCGGCCGCGGUUCGUGAUGACGGCUGCCUGCGAGUCGCCCGUACCCCUGCGCCGACGCUUCACCGUCACCUACACCCUGCUCAACAACCUGCAGGACUUCUUGGCCGUGCGGCUGGUCUGGACCCCGGAGAGCGCCACGGCGGGGAAGAAGCUGUCCAGCGAGGAGCGACGGGCCACGCAGGCAACACUGGACUCGAUCGUCUGCCACACGCCCCUCAACAGCCUGGGGUACUCCCGCAAGGGCAGUGCCCUGACCAUCCGUGUCGCCUUCCAGGCCCUGCGCACCGGCCUCUUCGAGCUCUCCCAGCACAUGAAGCUGAAGCUGCAGUUCACGGCCAGUGUCUCGAACCCGCCCCCUGACGCCCGACCCAUCUCGCGCAGGAGCAGCCCCGGCAGCCCGGCCGUGCGGGACCUGGUCGAGCGGCACCAGGCAGGGCUGGGCCGGUCCCAGUCCUUCUCCCACCAGCAGCCAUCCCGCAGCCACCUCAUGAGGUCAGGCAGCGUCAUGGAGCGCCGCGCCAUCACCCCACCUGUGGGCUCCCCUGUGGGCCGCCCCCUCUACCUGCCCCCCGAGAAGAGCGUCCUGUCGCUGGACAAGAUCGCCAAGCGGGAGUGCAAGGUGCUGGUGGUGGAGCCCAUCAAGUGAAGAGGUCAACCACCCCCCCCCCCCGAUCCUGGGCCAUGGGACAAGCCCCCCCAUCGCCCAGCCCGGCUGCUGCUGCUGCUUCUCUCCGGAGCUCAUGUUGCUGGAGGCCUGGGACCAUGGGGCAUGGGGGGAGGCUGGCAUGUGCCAAGGGGGAGGGAGGGAACCCCAGACUCAGGGGCACAGUGUGUGGGGGGCUGCAGGCCAGUAUGGGGAGGGGUGUGAGAACUGCAUUCUGGGUCAGUGCUGGGGGGAUGGGAGGGGGGAGCUGGGGCUGCUGGGGGGGGGGGUUGGUUGCCAUUUUCAGGGUGAUCCUGCUGCUGUUUCCCUGCUGUUGGUUAAGGGGGUGCCGGGGGGGGACCCCUGGCUAUGGGUGGGGGGUGGGUGAACAAGUCUCAUUACUGGUUCCCAGUCGCUGUUUACAAAACCGUUUGCUUCCUGCAUUGCCUUUUUAGUUUGGAGGCCCCGCAAACUCUCCCUGAGCUGGGGGGCAGGGACCCAUGGUACUGCUUGGUUCUUGCUAGGCUGGAGUGAACGCCUUCCUUCCCAUCAGCCCCUGGGGCAGCAUCCCCCUCAGAGCCAGGCUCCCAUCAGCCCCUGGGGCCGUGCCCAUCACCCAACCAGCUUCCCCUCAGCCCCUGGGGCCGUACCCACCACCCAACCAGCUUCCCCUCAGCCCCUGGGGCCGUGCCCACCACCCAACCAGACUCCCAUCAGCACCUGGGGCAGCGUCCCCCUCAGAGCCAGGCUCCCAUCAGCCCUGGGGCAGCAUCCCCCUCAGAGCCAGGCUCCCAUCAACCCCUGGGGCAGCAUCCCCCUCAGAGCCAGGCUCCCAUCAGCCCCUGGGGACAUGCCCAUCACCCAACCAGACUCCCAUCAGCCCCUGGGGCAGCCCUCUCCCCCCCGCUCUCUAGCUGAGCUUUGCCAGCCCCUGUCCCGGCCGAGGAAAGGAAGGCGCCUGGCCCAGCCCUGAGCCACCCCAUGGAAGGUCCCAGCCCCACAUGCCUCGCUGGAGAUGCAUUCCCCGUCCCCUGCUGCGGUGGGGGGGGGGGGCAACCCAGGCUAGGCCCCCCCCACUCCAGGGACUCACCGGACCAGGGGCCCCCACUGCACUUUAUUUACAUUUUUUUUGUUAUUUAUUUGUCUCUGAACUGGCCACAAUUUGGAUCUGUGAAUAAACCUCAUGGGAUGGAA